GAGGAGUGGUAGGUCUGCGCUUUCCAACAAACACCAGAAAAGAACAAACCAAACAGUUCUUCAGAGAAACAUGAACGACUUUGCUGUUCUCUACACGGGCCGCAAGAUGCCCCUCAUUGGCCUGGGGACAUGGAAGAGUGAACCUGGAAAGGUCAAACAAGCCGUCAUGUGGGCCCUGCAGGCCGGGUAUCGCCACAUUGACUGUGCUGCCGUCUACGGCAACGAGGCGGAGAUUGGAGAAGCCCUUCAGGAGUCGCUGGACCACAACAAUGCACUGAGGCGAGAGGAUGUGUUUGUCACAUCCAAGCUGUGGAACACACAACAUCACCCUGAGGAUGUGGAGCCGGCACUUUUACAAACCCUCAAAGACCUCCGACUGGAAUAUUUGGACCUCUACCUGAUCCACUGGCCCAAUGCUUUCCAACGCGGAGACACACAUUUCCCUAAAAAGGAGGACGGCUCGAUGCUGUACGACCACGUGGACUAUAAGCUGACGUGGGCCGCCAUGGAGAAGCUGGUGGGGAAAGGUCUGGUCCGAGCCAUCGGCCUCUCCAACUUUAACAGCCGGCAGGUGGAUGACAUCAUAUCUGUGGCCAGCAUCAAGCCCGCUGUCCUGCAGGUCGAGAGCCACCCCUACCUGGCCCAGGUAGAACUGCAGGCCCACUGCAGGGCCCGGGGCCUGGUGAUGACAGCGUACAGCCCCCUCGGCUCCCCGGACCGCGCCUGGAAACACCCGGAGGAACCCAUCCUGCUGGAUGAGCCUGUCAUUGCCACGCUGGCCAAAAAAUACAAUAGGUCACCCGCUCAGAUCAUCCUCAGGUGGCAGACACAGCGCGGCGUGGUGACCAUCCCCAAGAGUGUGACGGCGGCCCGAAUCCGAGAGAAUAUUCAGGUGUUUGACUUCACGCUGGAGGAAGAGGAGAUGAGUCGUGUCACAGCUCUGAAUAAAAACUGGCGCUACAUCGUUCCUAUGAUCCAGGUGGAUGGGAAGAGAGUUCCUCGGGAUGCGGGGCAUCCUCACUAUCCUUUUAACGACCCCUACUGAGGACUAAUGUCCGGACCAGGAUUUGUGCCUUCAAACAUCUGUAUGGCUCGUGAGAGAAUCCCAAUUCACAGCCCAACAAUACUCUCAUGGUUGGUUGUAAGGAAUGUUAUUUUUUAAACGGGCAGUGAAAAAUAAAUGAUUUAAUACUCUCCUGCAGAUCACAAUUUGUAAUAAAGAACAUAUAAAAACUAAAUACCAAAUCGUUCACAAGUUCUGUAUAAAAUGAAUGCAAUGUCAGACUGCAACACACACAAUGUCCCACUUGGAGGUCCUCUUGAGGGACAAUGAAUCCAUUUUGGUGGAGCAUCUCUUUGCCGUGUUCUCUCUGUCGGAUGUUACCUUCUGUUCAGAGUCUUUCCUUAACAUGAUUUUACAUUCAAGACAACGAGUCAAAUUUCUCUUGAGGAACUUCCACUGUCACUUUGUGUGUGUGUGUUUACGGAUGUA